CAGCUCAGAUCCAGAAUGGAUCUUCCUAGUUCCUUCAGCGCGUAUGCGGCUACACCCACUACCGCCAUCUUACCCCGGAAAUUCUGGACCCUGCGCUGUCCCGACGCUGCCCAGCAGGCCCUGGCUAUGGAUUCUGUGUCCCUGGAGUUGAUGUGUAGAAUUUAGGGCAGGAGAAUCUAGGACUACGCUACACCAACCUCUCAUGAGUCCACUUCAUCACCACCUAUGCCAGCUAUGCUUCCAGAUUUCUCUCUGCAUUUCCAAGAGCAGCUAAAAAUGAAUAAAUCUCUGGGUUUGGUCUCAUUUGAGGAUGUGGCUGUGGACUUCACUUGGGAGGAGUGGCAGAACCUGGAUGAUGCUCAGAGGACCUUGUACAGGGAUGUGAUGCUAGAGACCUAUGGCAUCCUAGUGUCCUUGGGGCACAGCAUUAUCAAACCUGAGGUAAUCUUUAAGUUGGAACAAGGAGCAGAACCAUGGAUAGUAGACCUCCCAAACCAGAGCCUCCCAUGUCAGUUAGCGCACACUGGUGAGGAAGGCUGGCAUGAGGAGAGCUCAGCAGAUAUUGGCCGUGUUGAGCUGUUUUCACCAUUUGUAUUCCCGGGUCUCAAAUCUGAGGACAGCUGGUCUCAUUCGUCAGAUGUCCAGAAGUGGGAGGACCUGAUUGAGACCAGCCAGGAAAUUUAUGGUAGACAUUUGUGGCAAGUUGUAAUCAUCAACAACACAUCUACUAAGGAGAGAGUUGAAUUAGAAAAAACAUUUGAUUUAAGCUCAAACCCUGUUUCAAAACUGAUUAUAAAUAAUGGGAAUUAUUCAGAAAUGUGGCCUGAUGAGUUUAAUGUAUGUCAGAACAUGCUUCUCCCUAGUGAGCCUAGUGAGGUCCAUCCGGGGGUGGAGCCUAAUGCCUGUGGUAUAACUGGGACACCCCUCCACUGUUAUGAGCAUCUUCAACAGCAUCAUGAGUUUCAGACUGGGCAGCAGCCUUUUGAAUACAGUGGACAAGGGAAAGUCUUCAGUAUGGAGGCGAUAUUGUUGACGCAUCAGAUGGUUCAUAUGGGAGAGAGCUCCUGUAGAUAUAAUGAGUAUGGGGAAGACUGUGAAAAGUCAGCCCUUAUUGCCCAAGAGAUAACUCAGAUAGGGAACAAAUCUUUUGAAUGCAAUGUGUGUGGAAAAAUGUUCUAUAAAAAAUCUAAACUCACUCAACAUCAAAAAAUACACACAGGAGAGAAACCCUAUAAAUGCAGUGAAUGUGAAAAAUCCUUUAUUGAGAAAUCAUACCUUAGAAAACAUCAGAGAACGCACACAGGGGAGAAACCUUAUGCAUGUAAUGAAUGUGAGAAAUCCUUUACUCAUAAAUCAGACCUAACUGUUCAUCAGAGAAUCCACACAGGGGUAAAACCCUAUGAAUGUUAUCUGUGUGAGAAAUCUUUUAUUCAGAAAUCGUAUCUUAAAAAACAUCAGAGAACACACACAGGGGAGAAGCCCUAUGCAUGUAAUGAAUGUGAGAAAUCCUUUACCCAUAAGUCAGACCUUACUGUUCAUCAGAGAAUCCACACAGGACACAAGCCCUAUAAAUGUAGCGAAUGUGAGAAAUCCUUCAUUGAGAAAUCAUACCUUACAAAACAUCAGAGAACACAUACCGGGGAGAAGCCCUAUGCAUGCAAUGAAUGUGAGAAAUCCUUCAGCCAUAAGUCAGACCUAACUGUUCAUCAGAGAAUUCACACAGGAGAAAAACCCUAUGAAUGUUACCAAUGUGGAAAAACCUUUUGCCACAAGUCAAAUCUCACCAGGCAUCAGGGAACUCACCCAGGAGAGAAACCUUAUGAAUGUCACAAAUGUGGGAAAAUUUACUUUCAGAAGUCAGUCCUUAUUGUACAUGAGAGAACUCACACUGGAGAGAAACCCUUCAAAUGUAAAGAAUGUAGGAAAUCUUUCUACCAUAAAUCAGAUCUCACUGUACAUCAGAGAAGUCACACAGGAGAGAAACCAUAUGAAUGUAAAGAAUGUAGAAAAAUUUACUACAGAAAGUCACUUCUCAUUGUACACCAGAGAACUCACACAGGAGAGAAACCCUAUGAGUGUAACAAAUGUAGGAAAGCUUUCUACCGUAACUCAGAUCUUACUGUACAUCAGAAAACUCACACAGGGGAGAAACCCUAUGAAUGUAAUGAAUGUGGAAAAACUUUCGUCCAGAAGUCUUACCUCAGCAGGCAUCAGAAAACUCACACAGGGGAGAAACCCUAUGGAUGUAGUGAAUGUGGAAAAACCUUUUGUCAUAAAUCAAACCUCAGCAAACAUCAGCGAACUCACAUGGGGGAGAAAUCCUGUAUGACAGAGACUGGUUAUGUGUUCUCUAAAAACCAUUCUCUUUUCUCUGGGACACAAAACCUAAAUUUUUCUGCUUUUCAUUAUUGUGGGUGGGACCAUAUAACUGAGCUUUGCCAAGGAGAAUAAGGACACAAGUGAUGAUAGUUAUUUCUGAGCCUGGCAGCAAAAACAAACCAACCCAUGUGGCCCUCUCAUUUCUUAUCCCUUUGGGAUUAGCAUACAGAUGUCCUCCAUGUUGACCUUGGGGACCACAGGUGGGAGGUAAUCAUGAUUUAGAAGGAAUUAAUUGGAGAGACAAGAUCUUCUCACUUCCAUCCCUAAAGUCUCUAUCUGUGCUUUCUGUAAGAAAUACUCCAUUGUGUGAUCUGUUUGCAUGACAACCCAGUCAUCCCACUAUAGCUAUUUUACUUUAUGGAUAUGAUAGAUCUUUCUGAGAGAUAGCCAAUCCUUGUGUAUCAUAAGAUUUACACAGAAGAGAAACCUGUGUCAUCCCCUUCUACCCCCAAGUCAGGUGAUGGAAAACUCAAAUUGUGGAGAAACAAAGAACUCAAUAAAUUUGAUAAUACCAUUGACAGGCAGUCACAUCAGAGUAAAGUAAAUAUUUAUAAAUAUCUUAAUGUGUUAAAAUUUUUAACAAAACUUCAAACUUUUUAUACAACAGAAUUUGUAAUAAAGAGAAAUUAUCAGUUUAGGUAAUAUAGACAAAAAAUUUUAAAUGGAAUUGUUAAAUAUGUUGUUGAGAAUAUAAAACAUGUAGUUGAUGACAUAGAUAGUAUAUCUCUAGUGUUGGUGAUGUUGCCUUCCAGGGAACAUUUGGCAAUUGCUGGAGUCAUUUUUGGUUUUCAUAAUGAGGGACUGAGAUGUUGAUGGCAUGCACUGGGUAGGGCAUGGAGAAGAUGCUCAAUGGUACAGCACAAACAGUACCCCCACAGUUUUGUAGGGUAUAUGCAGAUGACCAUUUUAUGUUAACAUAAACUUUACUUAAACCUAGUGCAACUGAUUAGGGAAUAUGUACCUUUAGCUUAAUAAAUAUUGUGAUUUGUUAGGAUUUUCCACAUUAAAUGCUACCCUUGCCCCAUAGCUUGUUAAAUAUGGUAUGUAAGACAUUCCACUAUGUGUUUUUUUCCUACUCACUUGGUAUUUGUAAAUUUUUGUGAUCACUGUC